AUGUGGCUGGAAACAGUAGACGAUCUUGUGACGGAGGAAGUCCAUGAUGUAGCCUCAGGUGAGGUGAAAAGCGCUCAAGCCAGGCACUCAAACUCCUUGAGGCUGCAGAAACGUUCCUUCACUGCUUGGAGGUCAAUUUGUGAGAGGAAGAGCGUGCAGAAACUCAAUAGUGAGCGCACUCUUGAUCGACUUCUCUCUUUGCCCGGUGCUCCUGCUCCUUGCGCGUGGAUGGGUGAAAUGAGUCUGCGACGUCCUCUCCACCAGGUCUUUCGAAGGGAAAUCGAAGGCUUGGAACCCAAACGACCUCGAUUGUCAGACGCCAAUUCCUCUAGGAUUGACACCACUUUCACUUCAAAACCCUUAUACCUAAUUCCAUCCCUGCUGGGCAUUCGGAUUGCAGUUCUUACUUCUACUGCAUUCGUGGAAUUUAACAGAUGGGUUCUCGUCAUGCUUCAAAGCUAUCCCCUAAUAAAGCCAAUCUCCUCAAUUAGCCAACUUUCUGGUUCUGAAGGAGGAAUCAUUAAUAUCAGUGGAACCAUUGAAGUUGUCAGUUUGCCUCAACUUUGCCUCCUCCCUCCCAAUCUCCUCAGACCCAGAGAAAAUUCUGAAAACGCGACCACGAGGGUUAUUGAAUUCCCACCUUUAAGAGAUUGGUGGAGGAAUCUAAUUGUGCAUGGUUUGAAUUGGUUUGCCGAGGCAGUCUCAAAUUACGUGCAAAAUAAAUCUCAUAUUCGAAUUAAGCGCGAAAGCACUUCCACUCUCCCCGUACACUCAUUCAUUACCUCCUCGACUCUUCAUGAGAUUGUCAGCUCCCAUAUUGAGGCCAGUUUCAUGAAACCCCUCAUAGAAUUCAUCGGCCAAUGGAAUGAAAUUCUUGAAGCUUAUAACAAGUGUUUAAAGCCAUUGUCGAGACGCAUCCGCGAUAAUCUUGCAGUGUCUCCACUUCCGGAUUCUAUACCAGAUGGCUCACCGUGGGAAGAGGCUGUGAUGGCGUGGAACUUGUUUUUAGACUCGCCUCAAUUUUCCGCGUGUUAUGUGGCGUCUUUGAAACUUUACCCUGAAAAUCACGAGUCCUGGAGACGUGAAAGUCCACUACUUAUUCCUUGGGGCAAUCUCUGUAUCGGUUUGAUCCGAGCUAAAAUUGAUGACACGGCAUUAAUCGGCAGUUUGGAUGAUAAUAUUUUGGAGUCUGAUCUUCCUGAAUCCAUUUUUGAUGACCUGGUCCCUCAAUUCCCUAUCGAAGAUACUAGGAAGCAGCAUGAGUCGAAAAGCUCCCCUGUCCUUCCACCGAAUUAUGACCUCCAAAUCCCAAAAACCGAUCCCUACGCGAACAUCCUUCAACGGCUGAAUGAAGUGAGCAAGAGAAUUGAUGGAGUGUCUCAAAAUGUAAAGUCGAUCUUCGAAUAG